UGCUCUAUCAACCAUAAAGAAACAUUAUUGCACUGUUUUAUGAAACCAAAUCCGUGUAUACUUCUAUAAUGAUUUGCAAGAGUUUUCUGUUAAUAUUAAUAUUUGAAUCUGCUUUAUGCCUUGAUACAAAUGAGAAAAAAAUUGAGAAACUGAAGGAAGAAUGGCACGUAUCAACUUUGAAGAGCACAGGUUUUAAUGAAGAUAUUUGUGAAGACAUUUCAAACACAAAACAAAAUGACGCGUCCCAAAUCGAGUUCGUAUCGAGUGAUCCUUUGCCAUUUAACGAAACCGAUAUCAUUCAGAAUAUGUGUAUACGCAACAAAAAUGUGAAAGAGAAAUUAUAUCAUGGUGGUAAAAUGAACAGCACAGGCGAAACAGAUUCCAUUGCUACUAAAAUUACAAUAAACAAAGAAACGACAAAUAAUAACGCUACAACAGACGCAAGACGUGCGCAUGAUUACCAGUUUAGUUCAAUAGAAUAUUAUGACGAGCAUCCUGACUUCGAUGAAUCUCAUUGCCCUGAUGAUGUCGAGAUUGUGGAACUGGAGCUGGAUGAAUUGAGGAGUUAUGAUCUCGAAUGUGAAUUGAUUAUUGAAUGGCGAAGUUUAGAUUAAUAAAGUUAUUAUUUUAGUUCA